AGAAUGGAGACUCACAUGAUUCUUGUUGUCUUGUUGUUAGCAUCGUCUGGGACAUUGGCUCAAUUUAAUCCUAGUUUGACCGUUGAAAGUUGUACAAAGAGCAGUUUGAAGCUGACUUUGAACGAUGCCGCUCAAGAUGGAAUCAUCUAUAUUCAAGGUCAAGGGGCCGCUUGUAAACAGUUGACGGUGAUCGGUUCGAACAUUCACGAAUUUAACUUUGGUGCUUGUGGCAUUGCAUGGGAAUCAUCGUUCAAAGUAAUUGUCCAGAAGAAACAACUAUAUCAGACAGGGGACGAUAAACAAAUACCAAUUAUGUGUUUGGCCGAUCUGACAGACAUCUCAUUAAGUGGGGAUGUCAACAACUUGGACAAGGAUGACGAUGCCGGACAGAAUUUAACAGUUAAACCAACUGCUUUUAUGAAGUUAUAUAGCGACGGAGUUGAUGUAACCGGUGGUAACGUAAAACUGACUGAUAUGCUGACCUUGACCAUGGAACUUGACACUGAUUAUCUUCAGGAUUUUGAUAUCAAAGCGAAAUACUGCACAGCAUCAACCAUCCCAAUUACAGAAAAUACAUGUGCAACCGAUACAGAACUUUUCCCAGAAUUCUCCAAACCAGCACAAGGAUACUUGUCGGCUACCUUCGGUGCUUUCCGUACAACUGACCUCAAUGGUGGAUCUGUUCCAAUGACGUUUACUUGUAGCUUACAAGUUUGUUUGGGAAGCUGUUCUGUUACAACAUGUUCUAGUGGUGAUAAUGGAUGGGGAAGAAAAAGAAGAGAUGUGAUGGAUGUCAUUGUUUCUGGAAGUCUACGUCAGAAGAGAGCAGCAGACGACACGUCACCGUUUGAUGACAUCAACGUCGGGUCAACGCUCAGAAUUAUAGCUAAUGAUGUUGUUAUUGAAGAUGGCGAUGACAAUGGUGAAGUUUGCAUUGACAAAUUGCCGAUGAUUCUUGGUUUGCUGGCCUUGCUUAUUGCCUUUUUGUCGUCUGUCGGAGCUGUUGUAUACCUCUAUAGAAAAUUGUCAGCAAAAUCACCAAAAUCAACAGAACUUCACGCCUUCAGUGAAAAAUGCGGUUACUGAAUAGGAUGAUAAUUAUGACUGUACUUUUUGUCCAGAUUAAAGAAUUAUUUAUUUAUCAAUAA